GGUUCCCAAAGGUUUCUGGGAAGGGCAGACUGAUACUCAAGGAAGGACUACGAAUCCCAGCAAACAGUUCGCGACACGAGGGCGCAGAAGGAGGAGGAGCUCGGAGCCGUCGGGCCCUGCGGAACCAGGUUUGAGCUGCCCCUUAGACAUCAAGUGGAGAUGCCUGGAGGCCAGUGGGGAUUUGGAUCUGGAGUUCAGAGGAGACGUCUGAGCCGGAGAUAAGUCAUCGGCAUAGGCGGCGGUGGCAGCUGGCGCGAGGGCCAUGGGGAAGCACUACUUCUGUGACUAUUGCAACCGCUCCUUCCAAGACAACCUCCACAACCGCAAGAAGCACCUGAACGGGCUGCAGCACCUCAAGGCCAAGAAGGUCUGGUAUGACAUGUUUCGAGACGCAGCUGCCAUAUUGCUAGAUGAACAGAACAAGAGGCCCUGCAGGAAGUUUCUACUGACAGGCCAGUGUGACUUCGGCUCCAACUGCAGAUUUUCCCACAUGUCAGAGAGAGACCUCCAGGAGCUGAGCAUCCAGGUGGAGGAGGAGAGGCGGGCCAGGGAGUGGCCACUAGAUGUCGUCGAGCUCCCUGAGGGCCAUCUGGAAGACUGGUUGGAAAAGAGAGCCAAGCGGCUGAGCUUAGCUCCAAGCAGCAGGGCCGAACCCAUGAGAACCACCAUCUUCCAGUACCCCAUAGGCUGGCCACCAGUCCAGGAGCUGCCUCCAUCCCUGCGGGCACCCCCACCUGGGGGAUGGCCCCUGCAGCCCAGCGUCCAGUGGGGCUGAGCCCCUCAUCCCCGCCUGACCCCCAUCUGGUCCACCAGCUUUCGUGUCAGUCACAAUAAAGAUAAGGGCUCCUACUGGGGACACUGAGGCCCCCGCCUGCUGCGUCCUGGGGAGCCUCUGAAGUCACCAGCUCAGCCUGGCUGGGCAGAGGCCCCAGCGUCUCCCUGCCAGGUGCAGCCCUGGUCCUAGCUCUGCUCCAGGCAGCUCCACCCACCCUCCCUCAUGGAACGUCUUGAGAAGAUGAGUGAGAAAACUUCCUUCUGGAUGUUUAUAAAGAAAGUCUGUCACCAUG